AUGCCGAGCGAUCUCGAUAGACAGAUCGAGCAGCUGCACCGGUGCGAGCCGAUCUCGGAGGAAGAUGUCAAGAAGCUGUGUAUCAAGGCGCGAGAAAUACUGAUCGAGGAGGCGAACGUGCAGACCGUGGAUGCCCCGGUGACGAUAUGCGGCGACAUACACGGGCAGUUCUGGGACAUGGUCGAGCUCUUCAAGGUCGGCGGCUUCUGCCCCGAGACAAACUACCUCUUCAUGGGCGACUUUGUCGACCGCGGGUUCUACAGCGUGGAGACCUUCCUGCUGCUGCUCGCUCUCAAGGUCCGCUACCCCGAGCGUAUAACGCUGAUUCGGGGGAACCACGAGUCCCGCCAGAUCACGCAGGUGUACGGCUUCUACGACGAGUGCCAGCGCAAGUACGGCAGCAGCAACGUCUGGCGCUGGUGCUGCGAGGUCUUCGACUACCUCGCGCUCGGCGCAAUCGUCGACGGCAGGGUGUUCUGCGUGCAUGGCGGCCUCAGCCCCAAUCUGCAGGGAAUCGACCAGAUCCGAGCCAUUGAUCGCAAACAAGAAGUCCCCCACGACGGGCCAAUGUGCGACCUUCUCUGGUCAGAUCCAGAUGAGAUCAGUGGCUGGGGCCUCUCCCCGCGGGGCGCCGGGUUCCUCUUCGGCGCAGACAUCACGCGGCGGUUCGCGCACGACAACGCCAUCGACCUCAUCGCGCGCGCGCACCAGCUCGCGAUGGAGGGCUACAAGCUCAUGUUCGAGCGGACCAUCGUGACCGUCUGGAGCGCGCCCAACUACUGCUAUCGCUGCGGCAACGUCGCUUCGAUUCUGGAACUCGACGAGAACCUCGCGCAAGAUUACAAGGUCUUCGCGCACGCGCCUUCGGAUGUUCGCUCGAUACCGGCAAAACGCCCCCCAGCGGAUUAUUUCCUGUGA